GCGUCCAGCAACAAUUACCUGACAGUUCAACUGCUCUUCUCGGGCCCGGCGUUUGAACCGUGUCUUCGGAGGUGAGGCUGCUGUGGGGGGGGGGGGGCACACCGUCCAUCGGCCGCGGCACCCCCACAUUCGCCGUCAGCAACCAGCCGCGUCACCUGCUCCAGCCAUGAGGGCUUCUCUAUUGGUGUUAUUGACGGCCUGGACGAGCUUCUGCCUGGGACAGAAUGUCCUCCUCCACCCGGCGCCUCCGACCCACUCUAGGCCGAGGAGAGCGGAGCAGGACUUCUGGAGUGGGCGCAGCGUAGACUUCAGCAGCAGUUUUCCUUUAGGCCAGCCAUUCAUGGAAAUACCCGUCAACGAUGUCCAGCUGGGGUCAGACGGCAGCCUGGACAAGAUCCAGGUAGUGAGCUCUGCCAUCAGAGUGUUGCCCAGGAAGGGAAAGAAGACCAAGAGGGAUGUUUCGGAAAGGCCUUGGAGGACAGAUUCCCCUCGGGCGAAGAGGGAGACUGUGCAGUCCUGGAGGAAACCUCGGCAGCACCAGUUCGUGACCAAUAAGUCCGACCGUCUCCCCCCUCCCCCCAUCGUGCGUGUGCGUGUCUACCCCCCUGCCGACAGGAACGAGAGGUUCUACGACAGAGACUACAGGAAGAGCCAAAGGAGAAUCAUCUACUACGCGAAUCUCCCGGAGAUCGUCAGGCCUCCAGUGCAGUGGUACAAUACCAGAGACUACUACGAUUCCCCACGACAAGCCUACCCUUCAGCCUUCCCCAUGGGGUACUCUUCUAACUCCUUUCCGUCCCCGAGUGAGAACGAAGUGACUCGUGUACAGUCGAACAUUAUCGAUGUGACCCCUUCGAGGCGCCCGGGGUACUCGUCGACCCCUAAGUUCACCAUAAUCGAUGUAGAACCUCCUUAUAGCUACAACAACCCUUCUUACAACCGCCGCCCCUCCCUUCCAUCCCCCACCCGGUACGAUCUCUACCCCUUCCCUUCCCCACAGUACACCCCUAACAGAUAUUAUAAUGACGUCCGUACGCCACCCUACCGCGACCAUUCCCACUUUCCCAGUCAGAACUUCCGACCCGACUCUUCCCUGGAACCUGUCAAACUCCAGAUCCCCACUACUGACUCCCCCUCUACCCCCAACUCCACUGAACUUCCCACCAACACCACCAGGUUUCUACCGGAUACCAUCCCCGUGUCUCUAUCAAAGUUCGUUACAUAGUUGUAUUUGAAUCGAUUCUGAAUAACCCACCUGCAAUCCUUCUUUGAAGAAUAGCGUCAGUUUUAAGAUAUUAUUAUUAUUUUGUACUUCAAUACAUGUGUGAUUUAGUUGUAAAUAAAUAACGAUGUCCUCUUAGGAGUGAUGAAAUUUGUCAUCAAUAUCACCAGAAAUAAGCUUGAUUUGCUAAGUAGGAAGCUAAUGUCAUCAAAGCAGAAUUGCGAAUUGCAAUUUUUAAAAGUAAUUAUGUAACUGACUAAUUAAAAAUCUGUUAAUAAUUAUUAAAAGUUGUAAUUUUUGUUUAUUUACAUUGUUUGAUAAAAAUUCCAUUUCAACUUAAAAUCAAACGAAAGUUUUGCAUUAGUGUCGGGUUUUGGUAGGAUGUUUUACAUUUUAACUUUUCUAAUUUCUACUACAGUGUCUAUACGACGAGUUAUGAGGGAUAUGAAGUAGUGAAAUACUACCCUCAUUCAUGAUUUAAAACAUAUGGAAUCUCUGUAUUUUGUUAAUAAUUAAAUUGGUAGUGAUUUCAAAGUUUGUAGAAAACCUAAGCCAGUUUUACAGGUUCAAAGUACGUAUUUACAAACUGUUUAGUAAUACUAAAAGUCGGAAAAGUAUCAUUAAGGUUUGAAUAAAUCUUUUUUGACUGUA